AUGUCUCGACUGGAUCCCGACGACGAGGAGACUACUGGCAUGAUCCGUGAUCUUGAGAGGAUGUGCACGAAACUGGAAAGAAAGACGUCUUCCAACAGUACUUUUAUUCAUCUCCUGGAGGCGCAGAUUUCUCCUAAGGGCCUCGAGUGGAAGCAAGACGGGCAGGCUCCGAGUCGUGCGCGCGAACAGGGCAUGCUGGAAGCCCCGAAUGGCUUUUUGACACUCGAGUCCACUAGGGCUCUUACAUCUCUGAUCCUUGAGCAUGUGUCUCAGUCCACGGAGGCAGGGUGCAGGAUGUUGAUCGAUGUUAUUUUGCUCCAUUUGGCUGCUGCGGUCAGCGACGAAAACGAGGCGGUCAGCAUCGUACCCGAAUACGCUAUCCUCAAGACCGUCUUCAACGAAAAGCAUUCCUUUGGUGGAGUUGUAGACUAUCUGGUCACGAAGCUGCCAUCCGCUUUUACACGUCAGAUCCUGGGUCAGCCUGUGGCAACGCUCAAUAGGCCUGACCUCAAGCACAUCGGCACCUCAAACGUCUUUGAGGCGAAGAACCUUGUCGAGAUUCAUGAUUACACCAGAGGCGCGAUUGCCAACGGUAAAACCUGGCUUUUCUUCAUUUAUCGAAAACUUCAAGUCGGUGGAACCUACGCCGCCAGUCCCCCAGUUGAGCUUAGCACAGGAGCGGAGAACCUUCUACUUAUUCUCGGCUUGCUUCGUGACUGGAUCCUCAACGCAUCGCGCCCCGAGAUCGCCUAUUUUGAUGAAGUUUAG